GGUAAAUAACGUUGCCUUAGUCGUUGAUCAUACCUGGUCGGUUGAUCUUCCGCGUCAUCGACAGAAAAAAAUUUGGACGCUGAAAGUUCUCAAGACGCAAUUUUCGUCGAGUUGAGUAGUUCAGCUUUCGUGAUAGUUGAUAGGGCUAUAAGAAAUUCCGAUAUGACGGCAUUCGGACUCUACCAGCACCAGCCAAUAUCUUGUCCAAGCAGUGUGACUGGGGAUGCUGGCAUUUUUUUCCUAACUCUGAUCAACACCUUGUUCGCUAACCAAUGUCAGCUAGGUAGUAAAGAAGACUACCCAGUAGAUGCUGCUACGACACUGGUUGACAACGAUGUAUUCGACUUUAUCGUCAUUGGUGCAGGCACAUCUGGAUCUAUAGUUGCAGCGGAAUUGGCCAACAAAUCCAAUAGUCGAGUACUAUUGUUAGAAGCAGGAGGAUAUCCUUCACCUACAAGCGAUAUUCCAGCAUUUCAUUUAGGUCUACAGAGAACAAUAGAAGACUGGCAGUUUCAUACUGAAACCUCCAAUAACUCUUGCCUCGGCUUCAAGAACAGCAGAUGUCUAAUACCCAGUGGAAGAUGCUUGGGAGGCACAAGCACAAUCAAUUCUAUGCUCUACCUUAGAGGAAGUAAACAUGUAUAUAACUCUUGGUUGGAAGAAGGAAAUAUUGGAUGGUCUUAUCCAGACAUCUUUCCAUAUUUCAAAAAAUCAGAAAAGCUAGAGGUGCAUGAACUCCUUACUUCCAAGCUCUAUGGCACUGAAGGAUUUCUUCCACUCACAAGAAGCAGACUGCAUCAACCAGUCCGAAAUACAAUCCUCAAUUCUGCGAAAGAACUCGGUUAUAAAGUGUAUAAUCAUGAAAGCCAAAUCGGCUUUUUCGAGACUUUGCAGACAAUAAACAAAGGCGUCAGACAAAAUACAGCUAAGGUUUUUCUGGGAGAAUAUAAAACCCUACCGAAUCUCAAAAUAGCAACGGAGUCUUUGGUUGAGAAGAUCCUAAUCGAUAGAGAUUUAAAAGAAGCUACUGGUGUUAAGGUUAACAUCGGUGGUAAAACAAUAACUUUGUACGCUGAAAAAGAAGUGAUUGUUUCUGCAGGUACAAUCAAUUCACCAAAACUCCUAAUGUUGAGUGGUAUAGGACCAAAGGAACAUCUGGGAUCCCUUGGUAUUGAAACUUUUCAUGAUAUAGAAGUUGGAAAAAAUUUACAAGACCAUUUGAUGUUUCCGAUAUUCACAAUUAAAGUUAAUGAUUCCGCCUUGAAAUAUCUAACACAAAAUCCCACCGAAGAACUUUAUAAAUAUUUUGCCAAUAGAGAAGGAAUAUUAUCGACUACUGGAUUGAAUAAUUUGAUCGGAAUGUUGAGCACUAAAAAUCAUUCAACAGAUCCUGACAUUAAAAUCGGAUACACUUUCAUCCAUCGUGAAGAUUCUUAUACCUUAACUCAAUACAAAAGAAUCUUCAAUUUUGACGACAGCAUAUUUAAAUCUUUAGGAAAAGCCAACAAAUUUUCUCACCUACUUUUAGUUCAUAUUACUCUUCUCGAUACAAAAUCUAGAGGUAGGGUAUUACUGAAGAGUAAAAGCCCUCAUGAAAAACCUCUUCUGGAAUCUGGAUACCUUUCUGAAGACGAUGACGUAGAAACUUUGCUCAAAGGAAUUAGAAUGGUAGAAAAGCAAGUAAACACUAAAUCUUUCCGACAAAUAUCCGCAACAGAAGUCCAUCUGGAUAUUCCUAGUUGUAGAAGUUAUAAAUUCAAAUCUGAUGAUUAUUGGAAAUGUGCUAUAAGAAAUGUUGCCACAACCGGGUACCAUUUAAUUGGAACCUGCAAGAUGGGACUAUCAAUAGAUCCACAUGCUGUGGUAGAUCCCCUUCUGAAGGUCCAUGGUAUCAGGAAAUUGAGAGUAAUAGAUGCGAGUGUAGUUCCCACCACCACCACAGGUUCGCUCGGUGCUGUAGCUAUGAUGAUUGGGCAAAAAGGAUCCGAGUUGAUCAUGAAUGGAUUUGAUGGUAUCAAACACUAACUGAAUGAUAGGCGUUAUCGAUUUAUUUGCUCAAUUAGUAUUUUAAUGAAGUAUAUGAUUAAAUUUAAGUUUUAGCCAGUAAUUUCAUCAGAGAUUUAUAACACUGAAAUGGACAACUAAGAUCUUCAAAUCAAUUUUGACUUACAGAUGGAACCAUAACAUGAACUCCGAUAAAUAUUUCUAAGAAUCCAAAGUUUGGUUAGCAAUUUUUUUCAUUGUAGCCGAUGAUCGAUUGAUAUUUCGUGUUUUCCUCAUAUAAUGACUUUAUAAAAUGAGUUCAUUGAAUCAAUGACUUCUAUAACUAACAGAAUAAAAGAUUUGAGUGAUAUAUUUGGAGUCUGUGAUCACUUUUAUUUAGGCAUUAUUAUUAUUAAUAUAUUUUCAUGCCGUAGGUAUUAUAUUUUAUCUGGGAAAUAAAAUGAAAUGCAAUAUCAUUAAGUAUCAUUUAUGUAUAAUGUUUUUAAAAAUAAUAUUUUGAUGAGUGAACAACUGAUAUGUGCUCAUAUAUGUAUUGAGGGAUUGUUAUUUCUUGCUUCUGAAUGAGGUAAUAAAGAAAAUCUGUCAUUAAAUGAU